GGAGUAUAGUGAAUCCCACUUCGUUGGAUAGACAUUUUCUUUUCUCAUGACGAUCGAAAGCGUCUAGACCCGUUUCAUAAAAAUGAAGUUAAACGUGUCAUAUCCAGCCACUGGCUGCCAAAAAUUAUUUGAAAUUGAAGAUGAACACAAAGUCAGGAUGUUCUAUGAAAAGCGCAUGGGCGCUGAAGUAGAAGCUGAUGGUCUUGGUGAAGAAUGGAAAGGUUAUGUUCUUCGUGUUGCUGGUGGAAAUGAUAAACAAGGUUUCCCCAUGAAACAAGGUGUCCUCACCAACGGUCGUGUACGUCUUUUACUCUCGAAGGGACACAGUUGUUAUCGUCCACGUCGUACUGGUGAACGUAAACGUAAAUCAGUUAGAGGAUGUAUCGUUGAUGCUAAUCUCUCAGUUUUGGCACUUGUUGUUGUCAAAAAAGGAGAACAAGAUAUUCCAGGCUUGACUGAUAAAAAUUUACCACGUCGCUUGGGACCAAAAAGAGCAGGCAGAAUUCGCAAGCUCUUCAACUUGACAAAAGAAGAUGAUGUUAGAGAAUUCGUCGUCAAACGCCCAAUCCAAAAAGAAGGCAAAAAAGAAAGAUUCCGUGCUCCAAAAAUUCAACGAUUAAUCACACCAAUCACACUCCAACGUAAAAGACAUCGUGUUGCAUUGAAAAAGAGACGUUGUGUUAUCCGCAAAGAACAAGCUGCUGAAUAUGCCAAGCUCUUAGGUCUAAGACAAAAGGAAGCUAAAUCACGUGCUGAAGAAAUGAAGCGCAAACGUAGUUCAUCAAUGCGUGACUCAAAAACAUCAAGUCACUCAGCUAAAUAAAAACUUUUUAUUAUGUCUAAACGUGAAACAUAAUAAAUUAAUUUUCACAAAGAA